AUGGAGGUCGAGAGCGUGCUCAGCAGUGGCGAGUCCGUUGGUCAGGCGGCUGAGCCCGCGGUCCCCGAUGUGCCGCUGCAGCCGCAGCCCUUGCCGCCCACGCAGCAUGAGACGCAGGUGGACUACUCGGAGCACUCGGGCAGCGCGCAGCCCCCGCCGACGGCCUCGCAGCUUGGACUCGAGCCGCCAGCCGAGGGCGAGACUGACGACGAGGCCGACGAGAAGGCAGCGGUGGAGCAGGCCGUGAAGGACGUGAAGGAGGCAGAGGCGCGCGAGGCGGUGGCAGAGGUCGAGCGCUAUGAAGCAUCGCAGCGCACCCGGCAAGAGCAGAACAUGGCCGAGCCGCAGGAUGGUCAGCAAGUCGCCCCCCAUGAGCAGGGUGGCGCAGACGCAGCUGCUGGCGACGCUGCAGAUGGCUUACUGCAGGACCGCGACAUCGACAUCGAGGAGGACAAGAAGCCGUACGUCAUUCAGGGUGCCAACCUUCAGCACUUGUUCGAGCAGGAGGUGCAGAGGGUUCGCGAUCCGACGGGCCAGCUGCAGAGUAGCGUGGACUCCGAGAAGGCGUUCCUGGCGGCGCGGCAGAAGUGGGGCGAGAAGCCCUCGGAGUGGCCGACGAGGGACACCCCGCCUUACGACGCGGUGCUGGAGGAGUGCGCCAACAACGGCUUCGUGUUCAACAAGAGGUCGGCCAUGGGUAGCCGCUUUGGCCUGUACAUCGCAUCGCACUGGUCGCAGGAUAAGCAGGACGAGUACUCGAAAGCUGGCAACGACAAGAAGAAGUCCAUGAGGCAGGAGUGGGCUGAGGGCAAGUGGCAUGACUACGAGAAGACGCGCAGGCUCGUGAAGUCGAGGACCGAGCUGGACAGCUCGAUAGGGACGCUCCUCAACCUGGACGCUCUCAUAGUAGCAGAAGGGGGACACGACCGCCCUGCAGCCGUGCAGGGCGCGAUCAACAUCGCCAUGUCCUGCAUCAAGCGAGGCCCUCCUCAUUGCGAGCUCAACGAGGACAGCGGCCGCCUCGAGUUUCGCCACAACAAGAAGCAGAACAGGAUCGACCACGCCAAGAGGUGGGAGACGGAGCAGCUCGAGAAGCAGGAGGUGAAGAAGGCCAGGGUCGAGACCUCGACGGGCACGGGCGCCUCCAGCUCUGGCGCCUGCAGCUCUGGCGCGUCGGGAUCGGCGGGGAGUCUGCCGACGCCGCCAGCAGCGCCGCCAGCAGAGCCACCAGCAGCGCCACCAACGCCUGUCAUCGUCACGCCAUCGCCGACUGGCCAGGGCCGCAAGAAGGCGCUUGACGAGACGCCCGCCCAGAUGACCAAGAAGCCGAAGGGCAAGGGCAAGGGCGGCAAGCACAAUAAUAAGAAGGGCGGCGCCGUCUCCGAGAAAUCCAUGAAGACGACCAUCCAGAACACGAUCAACCUGUACUCGAACACCACCCUGCAGAUCAAGUCGCUCUUGCGGAAGAUCGAGAAUGAGCCGAACUGGGCAAGCGUCAAGCAUUUCCAGGGCUCGUUGCAGAAGGACCUCGAGCAGCUGGAGACCGACGCCAUGGCCGACAAGGUGUUCCAGUGCGUCCUCUUCAGCGACACUGAGUCCCACACGAUUCAGGAGUACUUCGACUCGUGCAACCAGAAGUCGGAGGAGAUCACGAAGCUCGCUGAGAAGGUGGCCAACAUCAACAAGAUGCAGGAGCUCGCGGCCAGCAUGUAG